AUGAGCUUCGAGGGCAGCACGAGCUCCGAGUGCGCCAUGAGCUUCGAGGGCAGCACGAGCUCUGAGUGUACCACUAGCUCCGAGUGCGACAUGAGCAACACAAGAACCACUGAGACCACGAGCACUACAAGCUCCAAGAGCAUCACACGCUCCCUCCGAGUGUACCUUGAUCUCCGAGAGUCCGAGAGCACCGACGAGUUCGCGAGCACCACAGAGUCCACGAGCACCACCGAGUUCAUACCCACGAUCAUCUCCAUGAGCCUCUCCAGCUCUGUGUACACCACGAGUGAGCUUCGAGAUCACCACGAGCACCACUGA